UCCUUGAAAGUAGUUGAAACCCUAGCUCAAAACUUUCUUCUUCCUUCCUCUCCGUCGUAGCUGCUACUAUACAGUUUUUCUUCUUUCCAACUAUGCAAUGUCUUAGAUCUUAUUCCUUUCAAGUUUCUAUCGAUUAUAACCUGUGGAAUCUUAAUUUGUUGAUAGUUUUCAUCUUUCCACCGAAGAGAGACAGCGGGAUCUUGCUUGCUGGUCUUCGUUUCCACUUUGUAGGGUGAAUAGGCUGAGUUGGAAGCUUUCAACGAAAAGGAUGGCCCUGAAAUUGAAGUUCUUUCAAUGCAUAGAAGCUUUGUUCAUCCGCUCAUGCAAAACGCACGUGUAAAACUUGGAUAAAGAGCAUUUAGUUUUUGCAACCAACAAACUCCUAUGGAUGGUGAAAAAGAGAUUAUAGAUGUUAAAGAUAGCAGCUCCACUCAGGGUGUUGAGCGCGAGGUCAUUGAUGUGGAUGUGGCUCAACAGUUGCAUAGUGAAGGUUUUAGUGGUACAUUUGUUCCAAUGAAAGUAAAUUCACGGAAAAAAAGGUGUACCGAAUUACUUGUCACUAAACAUGAAUUACAGACUAGUUAUGAAAUGCAAAGGAUAAAAUCUAAACGUUUUACAAUGUCAAGAGAGAACUGUGGACACCAGUUUAUAGGGCUUGAACUUCGAGGUUCCAUGCAUAAUGUUUCAGAUCAAGCUGGUUUUGAACCUGAAAGAGGUAAAUUUACAGAUUUCCGCCGUUUGAUUACCUAUGUUUGUUAACUUGAAAUUCAUCUCAUGAGCCGUCUUUAUCCCUCAUUGCUAAAAUGUUAAACUGUAUAUUUUUUUAUAUUAAUGACGCUUCAUUUUAUUGUAGUUGCCAGCUAUAAUUAUAGUAUGUCUUCGAAACCUAUAAUUUGAAUAUAACUUGUAUGUCAAAACGGAGAGUUGACGGUCAAUACGACUAUGAACAAAAUCAACUUAGAGCUGAUAAAGUUAUACAAAGGAAUGAACGUACUACAAAAUUUAGUUUGCUGAACAUUCCUACUAAAUCUCAUGUGCUUGUGCAGCCAACUAUUUGUGAACAUUGUGGUGCCAAAAAAUUUCAUAGAGAGAGUAAAGGGUUCUGUUGUUCCGAUGGGAAACUUAAAUUGCAUAUACAUAGUGUAUCUAAUGAAUUAUAUGAAUUAUUUACUUCAAGUUCAGUCGAAGCAUUGAAUAUCAAAAAAUUCGCAAGAACUUAUAACAACCAUUUUGCAUUUGGUGUCAAAUAUGACAAAGAUUUGUGUAAGAUUAAUAAAGGUAUUUAUACAUUUAGUGUCCAAGGACAAGUAUAUCAUUACAUAAACCAACUUUUACCAUCUAAUAAUAAUCCAACUUAUUUACAUUUAUACUUUUAUGAUACUGAAAAUGAAUUACCAAAUUGAUUGAAAAUUUCAGAUAAAUUUUGUGAAUCAACUUUACGAAUCUUAAUUGAUAUCCAAACGAUUAAUCCUUACUCUAAGUUCUUUCGUUCAUUGAGCAAUAUCGAUAGUUUGGAUACAUGUCGAAUAUAAGUGAGAUGUUAUCCUGGUCUAGACCAAAAAGUCUACAAAACACCAACAGUUUCACAAGUAGCUGCAGUUUGGGUUGAUAAUGAUCCAUCUACAGACAAUAGAAUUCAUGAUAUAUCGAUCUAUGGUCAUCCUGGCGCUUCACAUAGAGUGCAUUAUUAUUUUGGUUGUUAUGAUCCGCUUCAAUACCCAUUACUCUUUCCUUAUGGUGAGUCUGGAUUGCAUGAGGGUAUUCAAAGAUUGAAUAAGGAAAUGUUUCGUUCUUGUUCUGCACAAGAGGACCUUUUAAACAUCAAUAACAUAAAUUCUGCAAAUGAAUUGAUUGAAAGGGAGAAUCAAGGUUAAUAACUUCAGAACUAUUUUUGUAUUAAUUUAUCUUUCUUAAAAAUGUUCCUGUUUAAAUUUUUCCUUUCUGUUGUAGUUAUGGAGAGGGGAAAGAGACGAUCACAUGUAUCUUGUCAUGGGUAUUAUUGUUAUAGAUUAUAGGUUCAAAAUUCAAGCAAUUGUAUUUUUCUCCAUGCUGGUAGGCUUUUUUAACAAUAUGUUGUUGAUAUAUAUGUGAAAAUUGAAACUGUUAGACUAGAUUACUUUUACAAUAACCUAAAACAAAUACGGGCUGAACUUUAUCAUGGAAUUAUUGAUAAUGUUGAAAUAGGUGAAAGUAGAGGUUAUAAGAUCGGUCGAAAAAUUAUUUUACCGUCAUCAUUCAUAGGUAGACCUAGGGAUAAUAGAAAACGAUAUAUGGACGGAAUGGCGUUAGUUCAAAGAUAUGGUAAACCUGAUGUAUUUUUAACAAUAACUUGCAAUCCUAAUUGGCCAGAAAUAGAGCAAGAACUAAGGCAUAAUGAUGAAAAGCAAAAUAGACCAUAUUUGCUCACACGAAUAUUUAGAGCUAAAUUCGAGGAGCUAAAAAAUGAUCUGUUUAGAAGACAUAUUUUAGGUCCUAUUGUUGCAUACGUAUACGUAAUCGAAUUUCAAAAGAGAGGUUUAGCACAUGCUCAUUUUUUGUUGAUUUUUAAAUCUAGAUCAAAAGUUACUUCAGUUGAUUUAGUUGAUAAAAUUGUUUGUUGUAAGAUUCCAGAAAAAAAUCGUUACCCCCAUUUACAUCCUAUUGUUGUUAAACAUAUGUUGCACGGUCCUUCUGGAACACUAAAUCCGAAUAAUGUUUGUAUGGAAAAUAAUAAAAUAUUCAAAAAUAAAUAUCCAAGAGAAUAUGUUAUAACAACUUUACUUGGUGACAAUUCAUAUCCACAAUAUAGUUGUCGCAAUGAUGGUCAACAAGUUAAAGUCAGAGGACAUUUACUAGAUAAUAAAUGGGUUGUACCUUACAAUCCCUAUUUAACAGCUAAAUAUGAUCGUCAUAUCAACAUAAAAAUAUGUUCAACUGUUAAAGUUGUCAAAUAUUUAUAUAAAUAUGUUUAUAAAGGACAUGAUCGAAUAACUUUUUCCAUAAACGACAAUGAACAAGAUGUUGAUAUUGAUGAAAUUUCCAAAUAUCAAACUGUUAAGUGGAUUUCUCCACCUAAAGCGAUGUGGAGAAUUUAUGGAUUUAUGCUGUCUGAAAUGUCUCCAUCAGUUGUUUCACUACAAUUACAUCUUGAAGACCAUCAACUCAUUACAUAUAGAGAUACUGAUAAUUCGUAGGCAGUUAUUAGUAGAGAUCAUGCACGAAAAACAACAUUAACGGAAUUCUAUGGUACCAAUAUCACAUAUGAAAAAGCUAAGACACUUACAUAUAAAGAUUUCCCUUCGUAUUUUGUGUGGGAUGCGAGUGAACGAAUUUGGACUCCUAGAAAGCAAAAGAAUGUAAUUGGUAGAAUAGUCAUCUGAAGGUGAAAGAUAUUACUUAUGUCUUUUGUUAAACCACAUUAAGGAAUCAACUUCUUUUGAACAAUUAAGAAUUGUAAAUGGUGUAUUGGCAUCCCCAUUCCAUGAAGCAGCUCUUUUACAUGGUUUAUUAAGCGACGAUAUUAAUUGUGAGCAAUGUUUAGCAGAAGUAAUUGUUUACCAAAUGCCCCUUUUAUUGCGUAGAUUAUUUGCUACCAUAUUGACCUUUUGUAGUCCUAACAAUCCACAUUUGCUAUGGGAUAAGUUUAAAAGUUAUAUGUUUGAAAAUUUCAUACAACAAGGUAUGUCAAUUAGUGUUGCCCAAUUAAAGGCAUUAAAGUGUAUAAAUUCUAUGUUAGAACCAUUGAACAAAAGUAUAAACGAUUACCAAUUAGUGUCAUUUGAUAUAAGCAUGGGAGAAGACGAAACGUUGGCUACCAUGAUUUCUGAAGAGCUGAGAAAUGGUGGUAAUCGAGGUGACAGUCUUGAUACAAACACUUUAAAUAAAGAGCAACUGUAUGCUUAUAACACUAUUUUACACCAGAUUGUAAAUGAUUAUAGUGGCAUGUUUUUUGUUGAUGGCCCUGGUGGGACGGGUAAAACAUAUUUGUACAAAGCUUUAUUGGCAGCUGUAAGAUCAAGAAAUCUUAUUGCUUAUUACCAGGUGGUAGAACUGCACAUUCUAGAUUUAAAAUUCCUUUAGAAAUAACUGAUGAUAUUGGUUGUUUUAUUAGUAAACAGUCUGCAUUAGCAAACCUUUUCAGAAUGACUAAACUAAUCAUAUGGGAUGAGGCACCAAUGUAAAUCGUUGCGCUAUGGAGGCUUUAGAUAAAAUGUUAAGAGAUGUAAACGAACAAGAUGUGCCAUUUGGUGGAAAAGUAAUUGUAUUAGGAGGAGAUUUUCGUUAGGUUUUACCAUUUGUUUGAAGAGGAAAAAAAGAUGUAAUGAAAGCGAGAUUGGUUUA